AUGCAUAGAUUUCAAAGGGUAUGCAUCUGGAAGGGAUUGGCAGAUGAAAGCAGAUCUACAGUGGAAUUGGCUGUCAAUCGGCCGAUCUUUUCAUCCCAUAUCUAUUCAGUAAACAAAUCAGCCAGGCAGUACUCAACACCACGAAAUGUCCCUUGUGAGAUUCCACUACGUCAACUAGAAUCUCAAACUCAUCCACUAGGAUGGGAACAAAUUCAAGCUCAGGUUGAGCCCUAUUUCAGCAACAAUUGGAAUUUCACCAGCCAGAAGGAGAAAAAGGGGUUCCUUUGUAUCGGGUUCUCCCGCGCCUUUAGUCACUUUCUCCCAUUGACGCUAGAUGAUCGCAUUGACAUGACAUGCAAGAUGCUUUACUUGUCUUUCCUCAUUGAUGAUCAACUUGAAAGAAUGAGUUUUACACAAAUGCUGUCGUAUCGGAACAGGGUCAUGACAAUUGCCCUUGGAACAUCCAGCCCCAACAGAAGUAUCUGCCUUGAGUGGAUGCUUCAUGAUACUAUCAUGGCCAUGCGAAGUAUGGAUGAGGUUCUAGCAAGCGAUGUUGCCCAGGGAUUUUGUCAACUGCUGCAGGCUCAGACAUCUGAAGAGAGGACUACGAUAAAGACUCUCGGAUCAUACCUGAAAUUUAGGGAGAUAGAUGUGGGCAGACCAUUCUACACAGCUCUCAUUAGGUUCGGUGCCAAGCUCUAUCUCACCAAUUCCGAACUCGAAAAGACCGCCGCCUUGGAAAGCACCGCAUUUCGGCAUGUCAGUGUUAUGAAUGAUAUCUAUAGCUGGGAGCGAGAAUGGAAAGUAUACCAGGCGAACCCAACCGAUGGGACCUGGCCAUUCUCCGCCAUCUACAUUCUCGCCAACGAGACAGGACUACCAUAUACAGCCUGUAAGCGCUUGAUGUAUAGCUACUGUCGGGAAUUGGAGCUCGCUCUCAAGCAAUCCACUGAUGAAACUCGACACAACCGCAUGGAAAGCUUGUCAUAUGAACUCGAGAUGUACAUCAAGGGUCUGGAAUACUUUAUGUGCGGCAUCGAGUUAUGGAGUCAGUGGACUCCACGAUAUCGACAAUGA